GUUAAUACUGCUUCUCUGCGUUGGAUCGAUGAGCAACAGAAUGCCAAACUCGGCAUCUGCAGCCCACACACUUGUGUUGCAUUGAUGAAAUAAAGUUUACUGUAGUAUUUCUGCUUUCCGCAAGCAAAGCUUCAGGCCAAUCAUCUUUUUUCAAAAUUAUACGUAAGUCUCCAAUACCACCUGACACUUUUGGGUUCAAAUGUUAUUCUUAAUGGGUCGUUAAAUUGUUUCCUUUCUAUUAAGCGGUAAAGAAGUGGAGUGAGGGUACCUCCAAAGCAGCAAACCCGAAGAAAAUGGAGGGAUUUAACAAAUUUAAGGAGACUUCGUAGAUUCACAAGCCUUGUUGAAUUCGUAACAUUGAGGGGUUGCGAGCUUAUUAUUUUUGCGGAGUUGCGAGCUUAUUAGUUUAAGAAUCUCACGAAAGUCCGUCAAAUGCAUCGAAUCCUUCAACAUGGCAAGCUCGCAUCAGUUGAAGUUUUCUUCGUUUAGCAGUUUGAAAAACUCUCAUAAGAAUUCUUCUCGAGAAACUUGACAAAACAGGCAACUUGUCGAGUUUGCAUGAGUUAAGGCCGAGUAGUGGUUUCAAUGAUGCAAGCAGUUCAAUGGAUUUGACGAAAUUCCAGUGUGCUUGAAAGACAGUAAAAAUCAAAGAUAAAAUCAAUGGCGCUGCAGUUCAGCCAGAGAGCUCCCUGAUCAUACGCAAUCCUUUGUUUUUCUGUUUUUUUUUUUUCUCUUUGCCUCAGUCACUGUAUGUUUGUAUCAUACGUGAUACAAUUGACCCUUGCGUAUGACAAGGCCCAUCAAAACAAAAAUAGAGAUAUGCGCCUAACGGAUGUUCACAUUUCAAGCUUGCGGUUCCUUUUCAGUAUACGCUGUGAAAAUGACAUGUGACUCAGAUACUAAAUCAAUGUCCUAAAAACUACCAGCAGGCCGAAAACGAAUAUCCUCGAUCCUUCUUAAAAAUUUAGGACUUUGUGGUCGACAGAAUUAUCGCUUGACCUGAGCUGUUGAAUCACGCAUCUCGCGUCAUGACCAAUAUUAUUAAUGAUAUGCAUAAUCCCGUGGAGCGUUUAGGUUGUGACGGUAAACAAAAUCAAAAUGGCCUUCACUCUCACAAAGCUUGUGACGUCGUUCCAGUCAGUUUUUCAGAACCAUUCAGGAGCAAUCAGAAACACAACUAUAGCGCUGAUAGUUUUUGGAAUCAACGCCGUUGUUCAAAGCGAGGAUUUUUUUCAAUGUCCGCCAGAUGGUUUUGCAUUGUAUGCAAGCUGUUUCUUCGUCAUCCCAGCUUUGUUUUUAUUUCUCGUGACUAUAUUUCUUCAUAGCGGAUUCUGGGAUUUGGUGCGUGGAUGUUGUUUUUACGAACAGCAGCAAAGGAGAGGAUCAAAACGUUGCUGCUGCUGCUUCUUCCCUCGCUGGCCAUGCAGCAGAAAGCUCGUGGAAAUCGUAUUUCAGAGUUCUUUGUCUGGCUUCAUUUGGAUCUUCUGGGCACUGUUACAGCGAGACUAUUUUGUAUGUGCAGCUCUCGGAGGAACGAAAGAAGCAAAAUUGCUAACGGCCUCAACCCAGGAGAAAUUAAAAAUCGAAGCAGACUACGCAAAUGCAGGGAAAAUUUCCCAAACAGCCGCCUUAUUGCUACUCGGUUGUUCUCUGUUAGGGGCUUUCCUUGUUAUUUCAAUCCAGAGAUGCUGUUUUCAGCGAGAAAUCGGCUCAUUGCCAAGUCCUUUUACUUACAAAAUACUCGAAGCAGAAGCGGCAGUUGAAGCAUUUAAAGAAAACAUGGAAAAGUUAGCACGAGAACAAGGUAAGAGACGAGCAGACCUGUAUUUUGCUACGGUGCAGCAAAACCCUUCCGACAUACUCAGAAACGCUUAUAAUCAUUUGAUCGCCGUAAAUAAAUUCGACGAAGCGUUUCCUUCUUUGGAAGAUUAUCAACUUCUUCAAGCUCAGGCAGCCGUUACCGCUUUUAAAGAAAAAGUUCAACAAGAAGGCAAACAAAAAGUCGACAUGACUUUUGUGGACACAACUUGGCGCGAACUUGAAGGAAAUGAUAUGUUCUCGCUAGUUGGUCAAGCGCAUGAAGCCAUGGCGGAAAGAUAUCCUCGAUCAACAGGCGACAGGACGCAGCCAUACGUGAAGGAAAGGGAUGAUUCUGACAGCCUCAGGGGAAGCGUGUCUCGAGGAGGAGGAGGAAACGAUAUUGAAAUGUUUCCUAGAGCUUAAGUGAGUUUACUGAAUUUAUAAUCGAAAAACUGGUCUACCAAUACUUGCUCUGACAAAGUAAUGUUUUUACCACAUUUAAGUAGGAAAGAAAUCAGUACAUGAACAGCUAUCUAGAUUUAGCAAGAACAGUGUUCAUAGGAUACUGGUAAACGGUUAUCAUGAAAUGUUACCUCAUCGAUCAGUACAGUUAUAUGUUCUAUCCAAAUGUUGACUUUGCCGGUAAUAAAUAAUUAACAGUUCGGAUUGCUAGAUUACUAGCCGAUCGGAACGACCGUAAUCAAAUCAAAGCCCUAUGUAACAGAACAUUGUCCAUGGGUUUAGCUCAUGAAACAAUAUCUAGAUUGAAGUAUGGUAUGAAAGCCGUCGCUUCACUGUAUGAAAUUGAAGCAUUUGUUUUGUUCUAAAGUUUCGCCAUAAAUAGCGAACCGGGAUAGAACAUGUAGUAACCAAGGCUGCGAUUAUUCAGCGUAGUGAAUGCAAUUGUAAUGAGGUUAAAAUGUUUGUCUCGCCACAGUUAUGGUCUAGCGAUGCAGUCACAUUUUAUGUGGAUCUCGAUUAGAUCCACAUGGGAAGUGAUUAAAGAUAGCGAAACAAAGGUUUAUACCUCAUUACAAAUGAACAAGAAGGUGGAAGGAAGUACAAAUGUAAGCCAAAGGAAACGUGUCGUUGGUGGGAAUUUGAUUAAAUUACCAGAGAAAAACUGGAUGAGUGGGAAAGGAAUACAGCACUGACAAAUAAGAUGUAUAACUUAGAUUUAAAUAUCUUCUAUAAAAUAUAGAUAGAUUGAUUUUUGGUUUAUAAGACCUCUUACAGUAUAAAUAACUGAAUUACAGGUCUGGCCAGCAAAGAAUAAUAAAAAAUUUGCACAAAGUAUAUAUUUAAGGGAAAAUUGAUAGCAUAUCUCUCAAAAAGAACAUCUCAUAAGAAUUGUCAUUUACCUUUUCCAUAUUUCGGAUAUAAGUAAUAAUCAUUCCCCGAAGUGAAGGUCGAUAGUAGUGGAUAUACAUGAACCAGAUUCAACAUGACUCAUACAUGAACCAGAUCCAACAACACUGACAGGGGCAAAUAGCACACAAGAACCGUAGAAAUAAUGUAGUAUAUUUUUGUCAGUUUACUGACGUGUCACUUGUGAAGGUUUGUGAGAUAUAAAUAUAGUUCUUGAUUUGUGACUGGAACUUUCGAUCCA